AUGAAAACAUUGGGAUUGAUCAUCUUUACUAUACUGCUGCUGACAGCUAGCAAAGCUGACGAUACAGAGGUUCAUGGCUGGACAUGUGGCCAUCGAGGGCUUUGCAGAAAGCACUGCUAUGCCCAAGAAUACAUGGUGGGUUACCAUGGCUGCCCUCACAGAUACAGAUGCUGUGCUUUGAGAUUUUAACCACUAGCGACCAAAUCCAUUCCUGAAACAGCAUUCACUCCUACUCUAUACAUCUUGUUUGUUGUUUUACAAAAAUCUCUUCUUAUUUAGCUUUAGUUGACAUAUUUGCAUACAUACACACUAAAUGUUUCUCAACUUAUACAUAUACCAGCAAGGAAUUAUGUAAAUGGUCAUCAGAAAACAGAUUUCUGGACUGCUAAUGGUAGGAAAAAUACUUAAACAAGUGAUUUAAAAAAGUUGCUAUUGUGCGAAGUUUUAAAUAGAGCAGAUAUUUGCAUUUGGUUGUAAUUGGAUUAGAGCAGUCAGAAAAGCUCAGUUCAUGUCCUGUAUUUCACAAAACUUCAUAAUACAGUAACAAAGCUGACUGACACAAUGACUAAAUAAAAUGUGAUUAACUUUGGUCUUGAGGUCAUACUCCAUCAUCCCCACAUCAUCUUCCCCGUAUGUCCGUUCUUUUGUCUCCCUUUCCAACUUUGCUCGUAGCUUCUUGUUCCUUUUUGUUUCCCUCCUCGGUGUUUGUGAACUGGUGCAUGUUUUUUAGCAUUUUAAGCAGCAGUUUGCAGUGGUUUAGUUCUUAGUGUGUUCUUUUUUGUAUGUAAUGAGUGUUGUUUUGAUGAUUACUCCUUAGUGGCCCUAUAUGUCAGUUACACACUUGCAGUCUGCCCCUACCUUUUGCAUGUUACAAAUGACAUACACCGAGUGCAGAAUAAGUGUAACUGGAGUGACAUAUCCAAGAUCCGACUUUAAGAAUAAGAAGCCUUUUUUAAAGUCAGUAUAAUACAUGAAAAGUGUCUUAUUCAGUUUUAAGUAUUUUAAAUUAGGUGUAUAUAGUCAUAACUAUUCAGAGUAGCUAUCAAUGUAAUAGCAUUCAUUAAGAAAAUCAUAAUAAAUAAAUUCAGAUUAUUAAUCCAGAUUAUUAAUAAUAUUAAUCUAGAUUAUUAUAAAUUCAGAUUAUUAAUAUAUUAUCUAGAGUGAAGACAUCUUAUCUAUUGCAUAAUGUUCAUAGACAUGAACAUUAUGCAGUCACCACAGUUUGUGUUUAUUUUAAAUAAAAAUGCUCAUUUUAAAAUUGUUUAAAUAUUAGUUAUAUAUAUGAAUAAACAUAAAAUAUAAGGUUUUAUUUUUUAAAGUUUUUUUAAGUGUGCAUUUCAUAUUAAGCUUGUAGGACCAAGCUUGGAAUUUAGUUCUCUCCAGGUAAGGAGGUUAAUAAUUAAUAUUAAUUAAUAAAGGUUAAUAAAGGUCAAUUAUGGUCAAUAAACUUUAUUUAAAAAAAAACAUAAACAAGAGGUUUUGAAGUCUGGGGUAAUACACACAGUACACAGCACAUGUCAAUUAACAGAAAAUUCAGGCUUAUGAGAAAACACUGCAGAGCAGUAAAGCAUUUCAGACCAUU